AUGUCGGAAACUGAACAACUGCAAGCUGAAGAUUCAAACCGACAACACUACCACUCUCUCUUACAUCAAUCGCCAGGGUGGUCAAAUACAAGAUCUCUCAGUUCUGUUCGAACAACUUUGGAAACAAUGCCUCAAGAAGAAAGUGAACUUGAUUGGAGAGCAUAUUCCAGGAUUCUUCAAUGUAAAAGCCGACCACCUCAGCCGUCUUUCAGAGAUGAAUCACAAAUCAUCGUCCAGAGUAAUCAAGAGUUACAACUGGCAACUGAAGAAGGAAGUGUUCAAUCGCAUCCAACUUCAAUUCGGUCAAAUACAGAUGGAUCUGUUCGCAUCUCACCUCAACCAUCAAACGAACAACUACUCAACAAUCAGAAUGAAUGCACUCCACCUCGAUUGGAGUCAAUGGAAGCAAUGUCUGGCCUUUCCACCUCCCAUUCUUUUGCCUUAUAUCCUGGAGAAGAUGAACUCAUCCAGUUCGAAGAAGGUUUCUAUAAUACUGAUCUUCCCAAUCUGGAGAUCAGCAACUUGGUAUCCGAUGAUUCAAGCACAAGUUCCUCGUCGUCAUCGUCACAUGUUUGCUCAAGUACUGGGAACAUUCCAAGAAGUAUUGACCAAACAAUCAGUAGAGUCGAUACCAAUCCAGAUCCAACAACGUUGGAAACUGGGGAUUAUUCAACUUUCCAAUCUCAUGUAAUGUCCUUCGCUCGUACAACAAAUACAAAAACAGCUGAGCUGUUAAUGAAGUCUUGGGAACCUUCAACUCUCAAAGUAUAUAGCUCCAGUUAUACAAGAUUCCGCAAUUUCUGUACUUUGAACUCUUUGAAUCCAGCAAACAUUACCUUAGUUGUUUUCAUGGAUUAUCUUACACAUCUGUUCAAACACAAACCUCCGUUAGCCUUCUCAACAAUUAACGGUCAUCGCUCUAUGUUGAAUCAGUUGUUACUCCUUAGGAAUCAAACUGAUAUUGUUAAUGAUCCAUUCAUUACAAGAAUUAUGACUGGUAUUCACAAGUUGCGCCCUUCAUCAGCAAAUUAUAAAGAGAUAUGGGAUGCAAAUCAAGUAUUAAAGCACUUAUCUACUAUCAAAGUCAUCCCCAAGUACACAUACACUGCGCUAUUAAACAAGACACUUGUACUCUGUAAAAUGUUUGGUUUAGCAAGAUCAUCAGACUUAGUGAAGUGGUCGUUCAAAGGUCUCAUUAUUACUCCUGACUCAAUCAAAGGUCCAGUUACCAAUGCUAAAGAACAAAGAAGUGGUGUUGUUUCAAUCUUAAAAUUAACAUCGUUAGAUGAUACAAACUCUCAAGUAUGCCCUGUUCGCCACCUUGCAACAUACCUUAGAGCUUUUAAAGGAAGAAGAAAGCCCCAUUCGGGUGACUCUGUCUUUAUUAAGAAAAAUC